AUGACCCAAACAAGUCCAAUUUCAUUUGAAGAGUGGGUUGGCCUCCAUCAGAGUAUAUUCAAUGCGCAUGGUUUUCCAAUUGGAAAAUUAGGAGGCCAACUAUAUGAUUUUUUACUUAGUUACAAAGAAGAUAACACAAAAGACUUUGAUAUCAAGAAUGAUGGAUAUCCAAAGCUUGUUUACGCACCUAAAGGAAAGCGUCAGUCAUUGACACCAGAAUCAGGCUUAUUUGUAAUUGAACAUGUCUGGUCUGAUGAUCCAUCAACAUUUUACGAUACUUAUCGCAAAGAUGAAAAAUUACGUAAUGAGCUUGCUCCUUUCAUGGUCGAAAAACCGAAAUAUAAGACGAAUAAUGUUGAUGAUCGCUUGAAAUUUGUCGAAUUUAACAGAUUAGACCUUUCUAACUGCGAAAUCAAGUCAUUAAAGGAUCUUAAUCUCGAUACAAAGUUCCCACAGCUUGAGUCUAUCGAACUAAAUGGUAUUAAAACACUCGAAUUAAAUGAUUUGAUUUCAUCACUUGAAAAAAUCACAACUAUCAAAGCUAUUAACGUCUUAGGAACACCAAUAGAAGAUAAAGAACAAGAAAUACUCGCUAAAUUCCCACAGCUCGAAGUAAUCAACAGAAAAUUUACAGAUAAUUAUACAAAAUGGGCCCUAAUGUAUAUUACAAACGCAAGAAAGGCCGAAGAUGUAGCUACAAUCAACAUCCGCAACUGCCAAAUCCAAAAUUUCAAAGGCGAAGAGUUCAAAUUUUUCAAAAAUGCUCUUAGAAUCGAUAUUCGUGGCAACAGUGCUGAUUUCUCGAAUCUAAAAGACUACAUUCCCUCCUUACUUUCCAUCAAACAUGAUGAAAACCAGAAAAUUUCCGGAGAUUUUGUUUUUGACAAUGGAAAAGAUAAAGAAUCAGGAGACGAAGACCUCAUAAUACCAGACCGUAUCUGGGACCACAUGCAAUGCACGGGCGCAGAUUGGUGUCUUCCUUCAGCAAAAGGACUUGCGAUUAAUCAUAAGCUCGAAUGCAACUUUUGCGCCAUGCCAGCUGGUUCACCGCACUUAGGAAAGACCUUCUUUGUCUUCUGGCCAAUCAAACAAGUCUCUUCCGGUGACGAAGUCACAUCAAAUUUAUUUAUUUACACUCCUUUCAUAGAAGAAAGCGAAAUCAAGGCCAUUCCACCUCCUAAGCCCAUGAAGUCCUUCAGAUCCAAGUUCCAUUCGACGGUUACCAGUAAAAGGCCAAUUAAAGCUUGUAUCGAGUACAAAGCCUUCAUAGAGAACCUCCAUUCCGACAAAUUCGUGGUCACUGACGAUCCAAGUGAAGCAGACCUUAUAUGGCUUACUUCGAGACACGAAAGAGAUUUCGAAAAAAUUUACGCUACAAAGACGUUGCUCAACCAAAUAGAGGGUGAGAACUGCCUUACAGUUAAGGAUUUAUUAUACCUUACCUGCAGGGAGUACAUGGGCGACGUUCCGUGGCUUCCGGAAACAUUUGUAAUGUCAGAUGCGAAUGACAUCGCGCGAUUCCUCAAAAAGCACAAGGAACUCAAAGAACAUUCGGAGAGCUGCGCGUUCAUCGUCAAGGCGUUCAACCAAACACGAGCUGCCCAAAUGUUGGUAACUGAAUCUGCCUCAGAGAUCUUGAAACAUAGUUCAAACCAAUAUAGGAUUGCUCAGAGGUAUAUUUGGAACCCUCUUAAUAUAUUCGGAUGCAAAUUUGACUUAAGAUUUAUUGUUUUACUUAAAUCUAUCAAACCAUUCGAAUUAUUCUGCUACAAAGUGUUCUGGCCGAGAUUGGCGCCUAAGAAAUGGUCCCUUGACGACCUUUCUGACUACGAAAGACACUUUACAGUUAUGAAUUACAAAGCUCCGACAAAAGUUACUCAUAAAACAUGGGUUGAUUUCGUUGAACAGUUCGCUGUUGAGAACAAGGAUGUUAAGUGGGAUGAUGUACUCCAAAACAUCUACAAAUGCAUGAGAGACAUGUUCCUCUGCUGCUGCCAGAAAAUGGUUCAAUCGCCUUACACAAAGGGAAUGUACGGUGUUGAUUUGAUGAUCACGAAAGAUUACCAACCAGUAAUUCUCGAGUGUAACUUCCAACCUGACUGCAAGAGAGCUUGCAACUUGUGUCCCACAUUUGUUGAUGAUGUGUUCGAGGUUUUGUUCACUGAUCAGCCUGUGACAAACCAAAAUGUUGCUCAGAUACCUUUAGAAUAG